GGGUUCGCGGACCACACGCCUCAGCCAGCCGGGGCACGGGCCUAUCAGGGGCGAGUCUGGGCAUCCGAGCGGGUUUGACAGAAGGAGCGGCGGCGACGGAGGAGGAGGAUGGAGGCGGUGGUGUUCGUCUUUUCUCUCCUCGAUUGUUGCGCGCUCAUCUUCCUCUCGGUCUACUUCAUAAUUACAUUGUCUGAUUUAGAAUGUGAUUACAUUAAUGCUAGAUCAUGUUGCUCGAAAUUAAACAAGUGGGUAAUUCCAGAAUUGAUUGGCCAUACCAUUGUCACUGUAUUAAUGCUCAUUUCAUUGCACUGGUUCAUCUUCCUUCUCAACUUACCUGUUGCCACUUGGAAUAUAUAUCGAUACAUUAUGGUGCCGAGUGGUAAUAUGGGAGUGUUUGAUCCAACAGAAAUACACAAUCGAGGGCAGCUGAAGUCACACAUGAAGGAAGCCAUGAUCAAGCUUGGAUUCCACUUGCUCUGCUUCUUCAUGUAUCUUUAUAGUAUGAUCUUAGCUUUGAUAAAUGACUGAAGCUGGAGAAGCCGUGGUUGAAGUCAGCCUACACUACAGUGCACAGUUGAGGAGCCAGAGACUUCUUAAAUCAUCCUUAGAACCGUGACCAUAGCAGUAUAUAUUUUCCUCUUUGAACAAAAAACUAUUUUUGCUGUAUUUUUACCAUAUAAAGUAUUUAAAAAACAUGAA